AAGCUGAACUUCGUACCAAUUUGACAGCUGGCUAAUUUGUACUGAGCCACAAAUUUAAUAAAAUGCGUUAUUUUCACUAUAGCACAAGUUUCAUUAAAGUUUCUGGGAGUCAGUACAGGAUUCACUGAGGCUCUGAGGAUGGAAUUUGUGUGUAAUUUCCACUAAAACGCUGAAAAACCACUUUGUUUUCAUUUCAAUUUGUAGGUGUACCUUAUUGCGAAAUUUGGUACUGUCAAAUUGGUACGUAGUUCAGGCUGCUGGUAUUUAUAAGAAAAGAUCAGGACAACAGUUCUAAGUGUGAAAAGUAAAUGAGUGGAAUCAGUGUUAAACUUUUUUACAUUCGUCGGAAUUAUACUUUAGCUUAAACGUAUAAGAUUGCUGUGCAUGCAUUGCCAAUUUUUGGUGUUGGAAAUUACUUAUACAUUUCAUAAAACUAUAUCACAAAUAUGUCCGACGAUGAAGACAGAGUAUUUAUUACACGCUCCACAAAAACCAUUCACUAUGGAACUUUGGAAGAUUCCGAGAGACAAAGGCAAUCUGUUGUAUUGCAAGAUGACACUGGUGAUGAUAUAGACUCAAAAUUAUUUAAAGAAUUAGGACAAAUUCAAACGUCUAAUGAGUAUUUCGAUUUAGAAGAAAAUGAAAUAUCAAAAGAUAAGGCUGCUCUCCUUGAAGAAUUUGAGAGGCGUAAGAAAGCACGACAGAUUAAUGUUAGUACAGAUGAUGUGGAAGUUAAGAGGAACCUACGGCGGCUCAAUGAGCCAAUUUGUUUAUUUGGAGAAGGGCCAGCUGAGAGGAGAAAUCGUCUUCGAGAACUUUUGGCUUCGCUCGGGGAAAAUGCAUUUACACAAAAAGUGGUAGAGGAAGAAGAGCGAAAACAAUUGCAGAAAGAGCAAGAGUCAACGUGGUACCAUGAAGGUCCAGAGUCUUUGCGAGUGGCUCGUAUAUGGAUUGCUAAUUAUUCUUUACCAAAAGCAAAACAACGCCUGCAGGUGGCUAAGGAAUUGCUGAGUGUUCCCAGUGCCACAAAAGCCAGUCGCAUGGUUGAGCUCCAAAAAAGACUUCAGUCGCUAGCCCCAAUUUGCAGUCAAGUUGGCGAUACACGGCCCAUAAGUCAUUGUAGCUUCAAUGCCGACUCCAGUCUUCUGAUGACAUCCUCAUGGUCAGGAAUUUGUAAGCUCUGGAGUGUACCGAAUUGUGAAUUUAUUCAAAAUUUUCGUGGACAUUCAUGCCAUGUGGGUGGUGUGGCCUUUCGAAAUAAUGUACCGCGCGAUGCUAUGAACGAAGUGGCAAUGGCUUCUGGAGCAACAGAUGGUACUGUAAAAUUAUGGGCAUUUGGAAAUGAAGAGUCUAUCGCUGAUAUUAUAGGCCACGUACCUCACCGAGUAUCUAGAUUGGCAUUUCAUCCCUCAGGGAGGUUUCUGGGAACAACAUGCUAUGAUGCUUCUUGGAGACUAUGGGAUUUAGAACAGAAACAGGAAGUUCUACACCAGGAAGGACACGCCAAAGCUGUUCACUGCAUAGCAUUUCAGGAUGAUGGAAGUGUUUGCGUUACUGGAGGUUUAGAUGCUUUUGGACGUGUUUGGGAUUUGAGAACAGGUAGAUGCAUAAUGUUUUUAGAGGGACACCUUAAAUCUAUAUUUGGCGUGGAUUUCUCUCCAAAUGGUUUCCAAAUGGCUACAGCAAGUGAGGAUGAUACAUGCAAAAUCUGGGAUCUACGACGUCGUCAGUCGAUAUAUACAAUCCCAGCACAUACUAACUUACUCUCUGAUGUCAAAUACCAGAAGAAUUGUGGUGAAUUUCUCGUUACAGCUAGCUACGAUAAUACUGCUAAGAUUUGGUCGAAUAGAACAUGGCAACCACUGAAAACUCUUUCUGGACACGAUAGUAAAGUCAUGAGUGUAGAUAUUUCGCCAAAUUCACAAUAUAUUGCUACAACAUCGUAUGAUCGAACAUUUAAAUUAUGGUCACCAGAGUGAUUUACGUAAAAAAAGCUAAUCUUACUAAUCUUCAGUAAAGUAGCAUAUGAUGUUAAAAGAUUUAUUCAUAUCCAAUAAACCAAAUUAAGAUUUAUACAGCCCAAAGUAUAUCCUUCAUACAUAUUUUUCUUUUUAUUUCAAGGCUUCUAUAGUUCUGAUCACAUUAUUAUUUAGUAUUGAAUAUUUAAUGAACCACCACUUAUUAUUAUUAUUGUCAAAACAAAAACAAGAAAAACAGAUUUGCAUUUAUUGAUAUUCAAGAAUAUUACUAUUAUUUUUAUAUGAUUUAGUUGAUUCCGAAACAGCUUACUUUUUAAGUGUAGUUUUUAAUAAAAUUGUUUUAGAUUUUAUUAGAAAA